CAGAAGAUGCAGGCACGCUAUUUGAAACCUGCAGUCCAUAUCGGCGAAAGUUGAGGAGUCCGUCAAAUUUUGCUUUUAAAGGCUUAAACCAGUCGCAACUAAAAAGACCCAGAGACAGAGUAAACACACACAUACAUAACUGCAAAGUCAAAGGGAAAAGAUCGCGACGCUUACCAUGAAGAGGAGAAAGAAGAUGCAACCUCUCCAAAUGAGUUGGCUCAAAAAUUAGCACCAUAAGGCUGGCAACGCCUCUAUUCGCGGCAAUUUAAAGGGCCAGCUGCAUUAAGAAAAAUACACGCUGAGAGAGAACGGAACAUGGGUUUUUCUCGUCGACCAGAAGUGGCGGCUCCUUCGGAACGGGGGCGAUUCGAGAUUGUCCAGCCUUUUACGCUUCGGUGAGGCUACUCUUCUGUAAGCGGCGCGUGAACUGCCUCGGGGUGUGGAGAUGGAAAUGGCAAGCUUUUUCCCCUCGAAAAAUUUAAAAGUUUUUUUAAAACUUGACUCUUGAAGACUCUUUUUUUAUUAUUUAAGACAAAACUAAGAUCCACGGUGUUUGGGAUCUCAUCUAAUUGGGAUCUAAUUUUUAAAAAAGGAGAAAAAUGGGGCAUCCAUGUGUGUAAAAGAACGUCAUAUUUCCCCUUUUUUAAUGGUCAUAUUAAAAGGUAAUGUUGGACCCAUUUACGACACCAGUCUCCUAUCCCCACACUCAUCCCUAGCGCUUCUUGGGAAGAAACGCGGACAACCUCUACUGGACGCUAAGCUAGUCACGCUGCUUCACAACAAGCACCCGCGCAGCUCUGUCUCCUAAACUUGUUUAACUAGAGCUCAAUAACGAUAAAAAUUCAUUCUGUAUGCGCGCAUGACAGGAAAUGGAAAUGGACUACCUUCAAGUCGAUCCUGACUUAUGGCAAUCCUAUGAAUAGGGAUUUCAUGCCGCAACAGUCCUUUGGGUCCUUUGGAACAGCUGCAGCACUGGGGGACUGGAGAAGAUCAGCCCUGGGAGCACUGUUGCUAAAUUAAGCUGCAGUCCAAUUCAAGUAUAUACUCAGAACAGCUCCAUUGGAUUCAUUUGGGACUUACUGCCAUGCACGCAUCUGGUGGAAAAUUUUCCUGUCUAGUGGCUAAUGGGAAAUCUAGUGGAUGUCAGACAUUUUAUGCUGUUUAUGCUGGUGUUGGAAAUGCAGCAAAGGAAAACACAGCUGGCUCAAGCUAUUUAUCUGCCACUACUCACACUGCAGCAUUUCACACAAUGAGACCGAGCCUUGAGCCAUUGCAUCCAUCUGUGUCUCAGAGCCCAAGUAAAGAGAAAGCCAUAGAAGGUGAAGCGGUGGUCCUUGGAUGCCGAUUCCAAAGUUCCCGUGGCCCAUCUUUGAACAACCUGACAGUGAAGUGGUACAAAGAGGAUGAAAAAGGCUCAUGGGACUUCAUGGAGAACAAUAUCACUGUCUUGGCAAACUACACCAGAGCUUUCAUGAUAGGGAAUUUAUCUGAAGGAGAUGCAUCUUUGACUAUCUUAAAUGUGACAAUCAAUGAUCACGGCACUUAUUUCUGCCAGGUGAUCCUUUCCAGUGGAGAAGUGGUGACAGGUGAUGGCACCAAGCUCAGGAUCCGCAGGGCACUGGGAUUGUUUGGUAUAGAAGAAUCCAUUGGAACAAUCAUUGGAGUGGUGGCAGCCGGCAUUGGAGGCUUGGUAGUUCUAAUAGUAAUUUUAACUCCUCAGUUGAGAAAGUGUCUUCCAUGUGCUAAAGCAACAUCCCACCAAGGUAGGGAGACAGUGAAAUGAAAUGCUCAAUUGCCUGCCAAAAUGAUAGAUGCAAUGCAUAUUUGUGGCCCAAAUAGUUUUUCUUAAAAAUAAAUAACUUCAUACCAAACAGAGGCUAAAGAGUUCUAAGAGAGACAGACAGUUGUCAUAGAUCCAGUGAUAGAAGCAAAUAUUUGUGCCUCAUUUUCUGAUAGGGUAACCAGAUGCAAAAGAGGUCCCAGCUCCUGCAUCUUUAAUCCUUGUAUAAAAGAGGGAAAUUCAGCAGAUGGAGCUAGUCUUUCAGCAGAGCUGAUAAAGAGGCCCUAUAAUCCUAUUCCUCCACCUGCUAUAGCUUUAGGAUACCAGAUGUGGGACCCUACAGAAGGUGCUAGACUACAACCAUUGGAAGUCCAACAACAUCAUUUGAGCACCACACUGGCUACCCCUGGAUGGAAUGGCUGCUGCUAGAUGAUAACUGAAGGAGUAGCCUGAUGAAACUAGUCUCUCAGCAGAGCCGAUGGAGGAGCCCUGUUGUCCUACUCCUUUGUCUGCUAUAGCUUGAUGGAAUGAAUCUUGCUCUGUGACAGUUGAGGAGAAGCCUGGUGAAGCUGGUCUUUCAGAAGUAUAUGUUCUGCUAUAAUUUAUGUAAGGGGUUCCCAAACUGUGGUCAGUGAACCACCAGUGGUCCACAAGUUGUUCAUAUUAAAUAUUCAUACCGAUUUUUAAUCAUAUUUUAUUGCUUCUUUCAUUUCUAUAUUGUAUUCUUAUAUGAUACGGAAUACAAAUUGUAAUACAGUAUAAGAAAUAAAAGCAGCAAUAAAAAUAAUAUUAAAAAUUAUACAGAUUUUAGCACAGUACAUUACAAUUGCUACAACAGGCAGAAAAAUCAUUAAGUGGUCCACCAAGACAAUCAGCAAUUUUCAGGUGGUCCGUGUGGGAAAAAGUUUGGGAGUCACUAGUUUUACAAAUCUGUCUGAGUUAAUAAUAAAAAAAAAGGAAAAAAAGAAUAGCCCACUAUUAUGAGAGGUGGUGGCCUGGAUAUACUGUAAACAGGCACAGCAAGUGCCCUUGAAGCAUGCUGAACAAACACACAAGAAAAAAGUUAAACUGCACUGUGAAGCAAAAGGCUAAAGGACUAUAACCCUGUUCUCUCCAUAUGGAUUAAGACUGCAGUCCUAAAUAUAUUUAUUUGGAAGGAAGGUAUACUGAAUCUAAAAGGCAUUUAUAAUCCAAGUGAAAGCUUUUGAGAGUAUUACUUUAGAAGAGUGAUAGCAGCACAAAGCCUGUUGCGAUGGCUCUGCUUUCAAGGACUUCCCACGUUAUCUUGAACAGCCUUUCCCAACCAGUGUGCCUCCAGAUGUUGUUGGACCACAACUCCCA